AUGAUGAAGGCCGUGUACCGUCUUCAUCAGAAUACGGGUCACACCUCGCGCCGGCGCCUGGCUCGUGCUCUCAUCAUUGCAGGAGCACCGCCAGAGGCCGUGAAGGCUGCGAAGAUGCUUAAAUGCACCGUGUGUGACGAGAACCAGAAGCCUCAGACACGAAUGGCAACGGCCCUUCCCCGAGUGGAGCAUCCCGGUGAUCAUGUUUGUGCCGACCUCUUUUCCAUGAAGGACAGCGGCGGCAAGAUCUAUUGGAUUGCUCACUUGGUCGAUCUCGCAAGCCGGUACCAAGUGUGCCGUCUGUUGCCGGACAAGUCUGCGGACGAGGUGGUCAAGUGCUUGUCCGAAUGGGUGAGAAUCCUCGGAGCACCGAAGGCCCUGACCGUGGACAUGGGUCCUGAGUUCGUGGCAGGGAAGUUUCAGUCGGCCUGUGACUUCUACGACGUGUGCCUGCACCACACGCCCGUCGAGGCGCCGUGGAAGAAUGCCGUUGCUGAGAGAUCUGGGCAAACAACCAAGGCUAUUCUCAAGCAUCUCAUUAAGGAGCACUCGGCCUACGGCAGCGUCGAGAUGGAGAUGAUGUUGGCCGCCGCCUCGGAAGCCUACAAUGGCGAUGCUCUCGCCGCUCGUCCCCGAGUGCGCGAUGAGAUCCUCUACGAGCCUGGCGAGAUCGUGUACUUCUGGAGGCAACAAGCCAAAGGGAAAAGGUUGCCGACUAAGAAGUGGCACGGCCCAGCAAUGGUGAUUGCCGUCGAGAAAGGCGAGACAGGGGUGCAGUCUGCGCUCUAUGCCUCCUACCGGGGCGGUGUCACCAAAGUGGCAAUUGAGCACGUCAGGCCUGCGAGCUCCUUGGAGCGCCUGGCUGCCGGGACUUGGGAGUCUGCCCUUCAGGGCGUCCUGGAUGCCAUAGAGCCGGGCGAAGGAGAUCCACCCGGAGAAGGAGACCAACCGCAACCUGCUGUAGACCCCGCGCCUGGUCAGCCCAGUGCAGCAGUGGAUGCCCUGCGAAGUUUGGGCAAUGAGUCUGCCGCGCCCCCGUUAGUCGUCGUAGGAGCCCCGAGCGACCCCAGCUUCUCCAGACGUGUCUCUGCCGACUUCUCGAGGGCGUCGAGUUCUUGGGAGCGCCGAGGGCACGAGCUUUGGACAAGGGGACAGUCCGGAGGCGGGGCUUCAAGCCUUGAACCUACAGACAAGAGGCGAACUUCGGAGGCGGCAGGACUGCGACAGCCACAGCUUGGUGGCCCUGGGCAAGCUACUGUACCAGAAGCCGAAGGUGAAGUUGAGCAAGCCGCGCCCCAGGGAGCGCCGGAGACCACAGAGACUACGACAGCCCCAAGCGCCUUUACAGGUCCCUUUGUGCCCCUCACCCUUGGAGGGAGGAACAUCGAUGUGAUGAUCGCUGAAAAGUGCAAGCAGCAUCCCCUCUGGGAGCUUCAGGAGAGGGUUGCAAAGGAGAUUGCGAAUGGCGAUUUCGAUGAGCCCAUCAACGGCACUUGGGACGGACGUUGGCCCACCCCGAGCGAAGCCGUUCGGAGGGAGCUGUGCAGGACAGGCAACCUCAAGAACUUGCCCAACGAGCCCUACGACGUCCUCCUGACCUCCGGUGGUCGAGAGUUCCAGUGGAGUAAGAUGGACAACGAGUCCAGGACUGCCUUCCAGAAGGCGGCCGAGGACCAGUGGGCGAAAUGGGUUGACAACGAGGCCUUGGAGCCCAUCCCGCCGAAGGAGGCCGACGUGGUGCGCAAAAGGCUGGCUAGCCAAGGGAAGUUGGGCGAGAUGCUGGUGCUGAGGUUUGUGCUCACGGACAAGAACUCAGCCCUGAGCACUAAGGAAAACCCCUUGCCACUUAAGGCCAACGCCCGGCUUGUGGUCCCUGGAUACCGGGACAGCUCGUACCUAGCCGGCAAGCUCCAGACCGAUGCACCAACAGCAUCCAGAAUAGCAUUCUUUAU